ACGUAAAGUAGUUCUAAGUCCAAAUGAAUUUAUAAUCGGUAUCCAAAUCAAAAAGUGAUUUGUCAUCGAGCGUGUUAUCAGCGGACCCGCGUGGCCGUCGCGCACUUGUGCCCGAUACGACUUCGCACCGAGCGACGACGCGGACAAGCACAUAUCGUGUGAGCUCAGCAAAUUGAAUACCAUACAUUUAAAUAAACGCUUCACGUAAUAGCCACGUGAUUUAUAAAACUUACAAGUUUCUUUUCCGCUUCUUUUAAUUUGAAUAUUAUGAUUAGUGCGUUGUGUAAUAAAAUUGUGUGAAAAUGUUUCGUGUGCUUAUAUCGUGACAAGGCGUUUAUCGUGAGUAGUGCGUUCGGUGUGCGGUGUUCAGCGUCCGGUGGUAGCGGCGAGCGGUAGGCAGGUGGCGGGCGAUGAAGCGACAUUGGGUGGUGCUUUGGACGUUGUGGGCGGCGCGGCUGGUGCCUCAGCGCACACCCGAGGUGCAGGUGAGCGGCGGCGCGCUGCGAGGCGCCGUGGCGCCGGACGGCUCCCACCGACAGUACCUCGCCAUACCCUACGCUACCGUCGGCCCGCAUAAUAGAUUUCAGGCCGCUGACCCCGAGCCGAAGUGGAAUGGAGUUUUCGAUGCGGUAAACGAGAACGUGCGAUGUCCCCAGCGAAAAGGCAAGUCGUUCGUGACCGGGCGAGAAAACUGUCUUACGCUUAACGUGUUCACUCCACUGGAGGCGGGGCAGGCAGGAGGGGAGUUGCUACCUGUAAUGGUGUUCAUCCACGGCGGCGGCUUCUACGACGGUUCCAGCUCCAGGCACGUGUACGGCCCGCAGUAUCUCGUCACCAAGGGGGUUAUACUUGUCACUGUCAACUACAGAUUGAACCUGCAGGGCUUCGCGUGCCUAAGGAUUAAGGAGGCACCGGGCAAUGCGGGAUUGAAGGAUCAAGUGGCGGCUUUGAAGUGGAUACGAAGAAAUAUUGCAGCGUUCGGAGGUGACGCGGAGAACGUGACGAUAUUCGGAGAAAGCGCAGGCGCGGCGUCGGUGUCCUACCAUGUGGUGUCGCACAUGUCCCAGGGCCUCUUCCACAAGGCCAUCCUGCAGAGCGGCUCCUCGCUGGCACCGUGGGCCAUGCAGUACCGCCCCGUCUACAUGGCCAGCCUUAUGGCCAAGGUGAUGGGCUACGAGACAGAGAAUGCUCGAGAAAUUUAUGACAUAUUUCAAAAGAAAUCUGACGCCGAACUCAUAGUCACCAGAGUACCACGCCUGGAAGGAAACGUAAUUCUCUCUGAAUGUCUGUACGUCCCUUGCGUCGAGGACAGGAUAGAGGGCGUUGAGCCCUUCCUGACGGAGUACCCGUAUGACAUAUACAGGAAGGGCUAUUACAACAAAGUGCCGAUGAUGAUCGGCUUUAACUCCGAGGAGGGUUACUUAUUUUCAAGUAUGGAAAACGAUACGACGAUACCGAAGAUAAAAAUCGAGAAGUCAUUACCCAAAGACCUCACGUUCCCCACGGAGGAGGAGAGGAGAAGGGUGGCGGCACAGUUACAAAGAUUGUACUUCGGAGACAAAGAAAUAUCUCAGGAGACUUUGCUACAACUUGCAAAGUACCAGGGCGAGGCUUACUUCGUUAACGCGGUUAUUGAGGAAAUUGAGUAUUUAUUGGAAACGAACGACAAACCGGUUUACAGUUACAUAUUCGGGUACGGCGGGAACCGGAAUUUGGCGAAGUUCUUUUCUGGGGAGCCGUACCGGAGCGCGCCGGAUGCGUCGCACGCCGACGACCUGUUCUAUUUGUUUAGUCAGGGCGUGCUGCCCUCGCUGUUUGAGAACAAAAUGAUUGAUACUAUGACGACCUUGUGGACGAACUUCGCUAAAUUUGGAGACCCGACUCCGACGUCGCUGCCGGAGGGCGCGGACGGCGUGCCGGCGCUGCGCUGGGCGGCGGCCGGCGACGCAGAUCCCCGGGCGCUGUUCAUUUCUGAGGAACUCCGCAUGACGCCGCUGCGCUACACAGAGACACUUAAAUUCUGGAAAACCGUAUAUAGGAAAUAUAGAAGAAAAAAACCAUGAAAUAUUCCGUGAAAUUCUUUUUAAUUGUAGUAAUUAAAGCUAGCAGACGAUAGCUGCAGCUGCUAUGUAAGAUAAAUGUCCGUUUUUGUUGUUGAUGUUUAAUCGACAUGACUAAUUAGUGUAUUAAAUUGUUUCUGUGAUUUGGCGCUGGUGCUGCGUAUUAAACUAUUACUAUAAAACGUUACGUACUAUGUAAUACUAAACGUAAAUCAUUUUAGUAUUAAUAAGUUUGGUAAGAUUAUUU